AUCCUAGUGUCUGGGGCAAUGGAUGGAAUGAAUCACUCUGCAGUGUCAGAGUUUGUGUUCCUGGGACUCACCAGUUCAUGGGAGAUUCAGCUUCUCCUCUUUGUCUUCUCCUUGCUGUUCUACUUUGCAAGCAUGAUGGGAAACCUUGUCAUUGUGUUCACUGUGACCAUGGAUGCUCAUCUGCACUUCCCCAUGUAUUUCCUCCUGGCCAACCUCUCAGUCAUUGAUAUGGUAUUUUGCUCAAUCACAGCCCCUAAGAUGAUUUGUGAUAUCUUCAAGAGGCACAAAGCCAUCUCCUUUUGCGGAUGUAUUACCCAGAUUUUCUUCAGCCAUGCCGUAGGGGGCACUGAGAUGGUGCUGCUCAUAGCCAUGGCCUUUGACAGAUACGUGGCCAUAUGCAAACCCCUCCACUACCUGACCAUCAUGAGCCCACGAAUAUGUCUAUACUUUUUAGCCACUUCCUGGAUCAUUGGCCUUAUUCACUCAUUGGUCCAAUUAGUUUUUGUAGUAGAUUUACCUUUUUGUGGCCCUAAUAUAUUUGAUAGUUUUUACUGUGACCUUCCCCAGCUGCUCAGACUUGCUUGCACAAACACCCAAGAGCUGGAGUUCAUGGUCACUGUCAAUAGUGGGCUCAUUUCUGUGGGCUCCUUUGUCUUGCUGGUCAUUUCCUACAUCUUCAUUCUGCUCAUUGUUUGGAAACAUUCUUCUGGUAGUUUAUCCAAGGCCCUCUCUACUCUGUCAGCUCAUAUCACUGUGGUCAUCCUGUUCUUUGGGCCACUUAUGUUUUUCUACACAUGGCCUUCUCCCACAUCUCACCUGGAUAAAUAUCUUGCUAUUUUUGAUGCAUUUAUCACUCCUUUUCUGAAUCCAGUCAUCUAUACAUUGAGGAACAAAGACAUGAAAGUAGCAAUGAGAAGACUGUGCAGUCGUCUUGUGCAUUCCAGGAAGAUUUCGUAAAUGGAUCAGCUGUGAA